UUUUGGUAAAAUAAAUAGAUCCUUUUUAGUGCCUUAUAGCUAUAAUGCAGUGAAAAUUAGUGUAUGACUUAUGUAGAGUAACCAAUGCUAUAUUUUACCAUAAUGCAAUGCGCACAUUCACAUUCCAUGCCUGAUAAGAUUUUAUCCAUACAGCACAUUCCAUACACAAUGAUGGUGGUUUUAACACAUACAGAAUGAAGAGAAAGAAAAAUAAUCACAGGAAGUUUAUUUUUUAAAUUUUUUUCAUUUGGCAGAUGCUUUUAUCCAAAGUGACUUAAAGUUGAGGAAUACAACAUGUUGUAGAUUAGUUUGUUAAAAUCUUUAUUUCAUGCUUUUGAUAAGUCAGUCCGUGUCAAAAUAUAGAGAACCACAUUUAAACGUGAUACACAUUUAUACAUAAUAAAAUAAGCAGUAAAUUAACAGUUUAUUCAAGUUUUUAACUUAUCUGCCUAACUAAUUUAGUGUGUUGUAUUGUAAUGUAUUACCCAAGGAUGUAUGAGGAUAUUAUGCAUCUGGUAAGGAAUAUAUGGCCAGAUGCUAUUACCUCAAGGUAAAGAACCUAUUACCUUCCUUCUUCAAGUUUUCCAGUUCGCAGUGCCUCCAUGAAAGGGGCUUACCAACUACUAAGAAAUUCUCAACUCUUUGCUCUUAUUGUUUUAUUCAUAAUUGUAUUUGAGCGUUAUUAAACUUUUAUAAAGUGUUCGUCUCUUCAGCUCUGAGUAAUAAUGUGGAGAGGCUUACAGGAUGCUGUGGCUAUUUCUGAGCCACCCAAACAAUAUGAGAGGGCAGAAAACAUCAGUGCAGGGCACAGCCUUCCUUAGAGAUUAAGGGAAAUAGAUUACUGACUGCCUAUUUUGCCUUUAGUGUACACCGAUAUCGAUACUGAAUAUUAUAUGUUGGGUCAGGGAACAGAUUUGUAUUUGCCAUGUUUCACAGAGCUUAGAUUGGGUAUUACUUGGCCAUUUGGAAAAAUUAGCCUUGUAUUAACAGCGUAUAAGCCCGGAUAAACUAAUGCAGAUGGUGUCUCCCCCUUGUGGUGGGAGGCGAUAUUGAGGUGAGUGUGUAGAGAAUGUGCUUGGCUUGUUCAGAAUAGCAAACUAUUAUAAUAACCUCUCUUCCUGUAUAACAGAAAACAAUAGAAACAGACCUACCACUGAGCCUAAUAGUUUGUCGUGCCGAGUAUUGGAGCUGAAAUCCCCUUAUCUGUUGAUUUCUCAUGUGACAACAACUUCUGGAAAAACAGCUGGAGAAGAAUGUGAAAUCUUCUUCGCUUACUUGGACCCACGUUUCUCAUUCAUAUGAAUAAUCCGUUCCAUGGUGUACAAGGUUGUUUAACUCUCAGAUCAAAAUGCAUCUUUCUCUCAUAGGUGAUUUUGACAGAGAUGAGCUCAAAUGGGUUCCAGCGCUCUUUCUCUGAUGAAGAUGAUAUGACGAGUAUCUCAGAGAGUGAUGUCAUCUACGCCUUCCAGGCUCCACCACUCUCCACCAGAGGAGGCUCCAUGCGAUUCUCAGGGUUCCAUCACUCCCUCCCUUCCUCGCCAUACACUGCAGAUCCCGAAGGUUACAGGUUACCACCAUCAGGGACGUUAUCGUCAGAAUUCUUGAAUCAGGGUGGUUCUCCAAAGAUCCUUCUGUUAAUCUGCAAUGUUGCUGGGUCUGGCCAACAAGCUACAAGGUUUGGGCCUCCAUUCCUGAUGAGAGUAGAAAAGACUCUGUCUUGGGCUCAUCUGCAACAGAGUGUCUGCAAUAAGCUUUACUUAUUUAAAAAAAAUGCAAUCAUAAAGACUGCUGAACUCUUUAGGAUGCGUGUGGUGGGUGGGUCAGCUUCCUGCAGUUACCUGUCUCCCCACGACAGCAGACCUCUCUGUCACCCGACCGUGGACAGGGCCCUGAAAUUAUGUGGUCCUGGUGGUCCUCUGCAUGUGAAGCUUGUGAUUGAAUGGGAGAACAGAAUCAAAGAGAGUCUCUUCGGUAACAUUCAAGAGGAAGUUAUUGAGGAUGCAGAGAGUGUGAAGAUCCAGCAGCAGAACCAUGUACAGCAGCACAGCUGCACGCUGGAUGAGUGUUUUCAGCUCUACACCAAAGAGGAGCAGCUGGAACCAGACGAUGCAUGGAAGUGUCCUCACUGUAAGCAGAUGCAGCAGGGGAUGGUGAAGAUGAGCUUAUGGACCCUGCCUGACAUCCUCAUCCUGCACCUCAAGCGGUUUCGGCAGGUGGGCAAGCGGCGAAACAAGCUCUCCACCCUCAUUCGCUUUCCUAUAAGUGGUCUGGAUAUGACUCCCCAUGUGGUGAAACGCAGUCAGAGCAUGAAGAAUCUGGCCCCGUGGCCUUCAACUUGGAAACAUGGAGAUACUGACUUCCUUUACGACCUGUAUGCAGUCUGCAACCACCACGGAGGCAUGCACGGAGGCCAUUACACAGCCUACUGUAGGAACUCAGUGGAUGGCCACUGGUACAGUUAUGACGACAGCAGUGUAGAGAUUGUGCCAGAGGAGGAACUGUGCACACGGGGGGCGUAUAUCCUCUUCUAUCAGAGAAGAAAUGUCAUCCCGCCCUGGUCCGCCAACAGCUCGGUCAGAGGUUCCAUCAGCUCCUCCAUGUCAGAUCACUGGCUCAUCCGUUUGAAUGGUGAUAGCAAAAGAGGAAGUAUGGUUUCACGGUUUUCCACAACAUGCCCUUCUUCCAUCCCAGACUCCCCAGAGUCUCCCGUCUUCCAAAAUGAACCCUCAACGGGAGAGAGAGUGUCUUUAGGUGGGUUCGAAAGCAGACCUUUCGUGCGAGGAAUCCAAGGGCGUAGCGUAAGCAUGAAAAGUCCCACCAAAACCAGGGUGCUCCCACUGCGAUGGUCCUUUGGAAACAAAGACCGCCACAAAGCUGCCCAGCAAGAUCCUGGCCAGGCUCCUGCAGAGCUGGUGGAGUAUCUAGAAUCUGGCAGAAGGCCAAGAUGCACCAAAGACCCCAUUGUUGCCCUAAUGACUCGUCCUUCAGAUAAAGAAAGCGGUAAAGAUAACGAUACAAAAAAACCCACAGCCAAAUCUUCAAGCCACGGCAGCCUCGGACCUCUAGAGCAUCUCAAAAUACCGCAGGGUCAAGAAAUAAGUAGCUCAGAGAAAGCAAUGGGCCAACAACCAAGCAGCAGCAGUAGACCAAAAGAAGAUGGAACUUUGACCAGACGGAGCAGCAGAAAAUCGAAACAGGAGCGAUCGCAGUCCAGAAACGGCUCCGGCACAGGGAUCCAAUCCAAUUCCAGUGGUCCAAGAGGGUGGGAAACAACAAAGAGGGAUAAUCCAAGCAAGGAGCAAGACCAGCUAGAGGAGAAACAGAGAAAGGGCCAGGAGUCAAAACGUCCUGAUAGUGUCUUUGCAUUCCUUAAAGGCGGUUUCAUGAAGAAAGACUCGCUUCGGAGGUCUCGAGACAGUGAAUCUGUGAAAAGGGGUGAUGCAGAGGUGAAGAGUCCAUCUGGAGAUACUCUCUCCAAUGGGACACACAAUAGAACUUCAGAAGUUCAAGCUAAAAGCACAAACCAAGUUCGUAGCAGACUCGGUGGCGAAUUUGCAAAUGGCAAGGUGACUCAUGGGUCAUCAGACAUCAAGCGCUCACAAAGUUCUUCCAAUAUUCAAAGCAAGGCUGAUCUGAGUUUAAGAAGAAGUGCAUCUUUACACAGGAACGGCACAUUGGCGGCCAAGCCACAGAGUGUUCCUAUGGACAGGGGCUCUCAGACCACCCUGCAACGCACACGCUACAGCACAAACUCACUGGGCAGAAAGAAGGCAGUACCUGAAUCAAGCUUCUGAGACUUACUUCACUACACCCAAAUAUCACAACAGCGUAGCGAAUAUCUAAAAACCCACGUAAGACCUAUGGUAAGAAAGAUAGGUUUGAAAUGAUGGCAGCACAAUAUGAAGUUGCACAUACAUUUGGAACUAGUGGAUGGUAUUUUUGUUUACUUAUAUGAAGUGCCUGUGAACCAGAGCUAUUUUUUUUAAUUGUCAGUUUGUGUUUUGGCACUGGAAGUACAUUAUACGCUGGCCUCUGCACCAUCAUUUUGAAUUGAAAAAUUAUUUGCCUUGGAUUAGAUUUUUUAUGUGUCACUAAAUAGAUUUAUCACCUGUAAUACAUGAAGGGAAUAGUUCUAUAUAACUUUUUAGUUUCAUCUUUUAUGAUUCUGCCGAUUGUACUGACUGGCUGCUAACCUCCCAUGGGUUUUCAUGACAUUUAACAAAGAUGUCAGUUCUUGCACUUUCAGUGAAUUUAUUGCACCAUUGUCUGACUUAAACGUGUUCUCAGACCAAAACACAGAGCUUAUUCAUUUUUCCUUGUUUUGCAUUAUGCAUUAAUUAGACAUUUACAAAUCUGUAUUAUAAAAAUGACUUUUAAAAAGUAUGAAAUCAAACUGAAUCUAAAAUGUUUGUGCUUUAGGUGAGAUAUAUUUCAAUGGAUGGCAUGUUGACAACACAAUGUAUUAGAACAGCUAAGUAAAACAGGGUCACUUAUAAAAAGCACAAUCACAAUAACCUCACUUUUAAUCUGUAACCUAACCACCUAAACCCAGUUUGAAUGCAGUAACAAGAGCCUGUUUAACUUAAACGAUAGUACACCAAAAAUGAAAGCUGUCAUUGUUUAUUCACCAUCAUGUUGUUCCAGACAUGUCUGACUUUUUAUAUAUAUAUAUAUACAAUAGACCACAAAAGGACAUGUUAAGCAGGAUGCUCAUGCUGCUCUUUCCUAUUCAAAGAAAUAACCAGCAUGCUCCAAAAUGACACCAUUAACCCCUACUGUGUCUUGUUUGAGCCAUACAUUUUACUAGGGCCUCUAAAUGAUAAACAAAUCAAAAUGUUAUUAAAUCCUGUUCUACAUGUUUAACACAAUCUUCCACAAGUCUUCUGCCCUCUGAUUGAUGGUAUAUGGUAUUUUUAUAGAGAACAAUGGUUCUAGUAUAAUUGUAAAAAUUGUGGCACGUCUUUUUGCUUUGAAACCUUGAUUAUUGUACAUGUAAGUAAAUGUAAGAAUAACUAUUGUAGGAAUAUUAAUAUUUUAAGAUUUACUGGACUGAAGAAUGUAAACAAACACAAAAUUAUUAGUGGAUAAUGAUUGACCUACAUUUCCUUUUUCCUUACACAAAGUUAUUAUAUGGCUUCAGAACACUUGAAAUGUAUCAGACAUGUAAUAUGGACUACUGUUAGUGUGCUGUUAGAUAUAUUUUGAGUUUGACACCAACUAGUCAUUGUUGACUUUUAUUGUAUGAAAAAGAAGAGCAGUGUGAAUAUUCUGCUGAUAAUCGCCUUAGGGGUAAAAAAAAAAACAA